GAAAGCAGAUCAACAGUGACAGUCAUAUCCCGGGCCAACACUACUGGAAAAGAUUGCUAUAUACAAAUCUGUAGGCCAGUGGGGAUGAGAAAGAUACUGCCCAAGGAAAUUUACAGAAAUGAAAACAAAAUCACAUCUGCUCUGUGAUCAUCUUAUAGUUGAUUUUCUCCAUUCUUCAUUCCCAGCACCCCAAGGCUUUGUGUCCGGCCAUUUGUAGCUACCUUGGACUGCAGCUAUUCUCAUGGUCCAAGUACAAUCCACAGAAACAAAUUUACUUGAUAACAUGCUUUUGCGAAGCUCAGGAAAAUUAAAUGUGGGCACCAAGAAAGAGGAUGGUGAGAGUACAGCUCCCACCCCUCGUCCAAAGAUCUUGCGUUGCAAAUGCCACCACCAUUGUCCAGAAGACUCAGUCAACAAUAUUUGCAGCACAGAUGGAUAUUGUUUCACAAUGAUAGAAGAAGAUGAUUCUGGGAUGCCUGUGGUCACUUCUGGAUGUCUAGGACUAGAAGGCUCAGAUUUUCAGUGUCGGGAUACCCCCAUUCCUCAUCAGAGGAGGUCAAUUGAGUGCUGCACAGAACGGAAUGAAUGCAAUAAAGACCUUCACCCCACUCUGCCUCCCCUGAAAACCAGAGAUUUUGUUGACGGACCUAUACACCAGAAGGCCUUACUUAUAUCUGUAACCGUCUGUAGUUUGCUAUUGGUCCUUAUUAUUUUAUUCUGUUACUUCAGGUAUAAAAGACAAGAAACCAGACCUCGGUACAGCAUUGGGUUAGAGCAGGAUGAAACGUACAUUCCUCCUGGAGAAUCCCUGAGAGACUUAAUUGAGCAGUCUCAAAGCUCAGGAAGUGGAUCAGGCCUCCCUCUGCUGGUCCAAAGGACUAUAGCUAAGCAGAUUCAGAUGGUGAAACAGAUUGGAAAAGGUCGCUAUGGGGAAGUUUGGAUGGGAAAGUGGCGUGGCGAAAAGGUAGCUGUGAAAGUGUUCUUCACCACAGAGGAAGCCAGCUGGUUCCGAGAGACAGAAAUAUAUCAGACAGUGUUGAUGAGGCAUGAAAACAUUCUGGGGUUCAUUGCUGCAGAUAUCAAAGGGACAGGGUCCUGGACCCAGUUGUACCUAAUCACAGACUAUCAUGAAAAUGGUUCCCUCUAUGAUUACCUGAAGUCCACCACCCUCGAUACAAAAUCGAUGCUGAAGUUAGCCUAUUCUUCCGUCAGUGGCCUAUGUCACUUACACACAGAAAUCUUUAGCACCCAAGGCAAACCGGCAAUCGCCCACCGAGACCUGAAAAGUAAGAACAUCCUGGUGAAGAAAAAUGGAACUUGUUGUAUAGCUGACCUGGGCCUGGCUGUUAAAUUUAUUAGUGAUACGAAUGAAGUUGACAUUCCACCCAACACCCGAGUUGGCACCAAACGCUACAUGCCUCCCGAAGUGUUGGAUGAGAGCUUAAAUAGAAAUCACUUUCAGUCUUACAUUAUGGCCGACAUGUACAGUUUUGGACUCAUCCUUUGGGAGGUUGCUAGGAGAUGUGUAUCAGGAGGUAUAGUGGAAGAAUACCAGCUUCCGUAUCAUGAUCUCGUGCCCAGCGACCCUUCUUACGAGGACAUGCGAGAGAUUGUUUGCAUCAAAAAGCUCCGUCCCUCGUUCCCCAACCGGUGGAGCAGUGAUGAGUGUCUAAGGCAGAUGGGAAAACUCAUGAUGGAAUGCUGGGCUCACAAUCCUGCCUCAAGACUGACAGCCCUACGUGUUAAGAAGACACUAGCCAAAAUGUCAGAGUCCCAGGACAUUAAACUCUGAUGUGAGGAGAAGAAAUAAGCAUCUCUGGAGAAAGCCAGGAGAUAUUCUUCUGUUCGUGGGCAGAGCAAAAGAUGUUCCAGAAAUAUCUACAGUACAAGCCUUGAACAUCAUCCUGCUUCCCAGUGGGUUCAGCCUCACCUCUCAGGGAGCAGCCUGGACAAAGAGAAGUUCCCAGAAACACGUUCUCAUCGUGUCUGUCUGUAGGAGGGAGAAAGUGCUUGGGUAGCUUGUUCAAGAUACAUCAUGCAUGUUGCUUUCUAAGAAAGCCCCAUAUUUUGGGAUUGCCUUUUUUUUUCCCUAAAGAUGCUUUAAUUUUGCCAAAAUAGAACAAAUCAUGUAGAAGUUUUAAGGUUUAUACUGUUAUAGUUUAAUAAAUAAUAGCAACAGAAGUUCUUCCCGGAAAUUCUGCUGGAAGGUAAAUUUUAAAAAUACCUUUUUCCAUUAGUGAAAAUGCCUUUUUCCAUUAAAAAGGAAAAAAUACCUUUUUCCAUUAGUGAAAUCUGUUGCACUCUGCACACCAAAAGACAGUCUGCGGAGUUGGAGAACAUAGAACGGAACUCAUGUGAAAAUCUCCCCGCUUCUGCCUCCUCAGACCGCUUUGGCCAGCCCUGCCUACAGGGGCCGCCGCAGCAAUGUGAAUGCACCUGGGCACAAGUACCACCUGUGUGGGGCCACGUUUUGGGUUCCUGUGGGUGCCCUUUUGUAGCUUCAGACGACACGGAACAAAUGAAGGUUUUCUGUGACUCUGUUAGAAGUAGUUAAGUGUCGAUGCCGUUCUUCAGAAAUACUUUGUGUUUCUGAUUCUUUUAAGGCAUUUCUGUCAUGGUGAAGUCCUUUCCUUUUCAUUAAACACAAACAAAGGUGUUUUUUAUGUGCAGAGAAUUGACUCAUGCCUGGUUUUGAUCUCUCAAAUGAAAGGAUCAAUAUUAAAUAAAAUCGCAGUCAGCUGGAUUAAAAACAAGGCUCUUUAAAAUAGAGAUACUUUGCUCCUGUGUUGCAAGAAAAAUGUGUCAGUAGGACAGAGGAUGAGGGUGGGGGUACAGAUGGCCUGUUUCUUGGAUAUGCAGAAGAGCCUGUCUCAGAACCGCAAGGGAAAAGGACACACACCUUAUUUUGUAUAGACAAAGACAGUUUCUUUUGUGUCUGAGUGAAGGGAAGGGGAGGAAAGCACGUUAGGUUAAUUUAACUAAAUUUUAAUUUUAAAAAUAUAAAUAUAACCUCCAGAUGGGACAGCAGAAAGAGCUAGUGGAGGCCACAAAAUGUGGUAGCUGCUGUGACUUGUUUUUCCAAAAUAGAUACGGAUCAAGCACAUACAUCUUACAUGAUAAGUUCCUGUCUUAGAGGAGUGCUGACUCGGUUUAUUUUAUUCUUGUGAUGUUCAGUUCACUUUUUAUUUAUAUAUUUUUUCUUCUCUGUGGCGCUUGUGCAAAACAUCUCACCUCCUCAAUUCUGUGGGGUUUUAAACUUUGGAGGAAUGUGAGGCAAAUCAUUGACAGGGCCAAUAUUCCUUAGCAACAGGAACAUAAAGCUCAGAAUUAUGAACCCCCCUCUCAACUGUGUUCAUUUACAUUUCCUUACUUUUCUUUGGUUUUCUUUUGUUUCUUCGAAAAUCCUGCAGUGUUUAGUGAAGAAUUGGGAAGUGCUUCUCCUUGGUCUUUUUAAAAAGGACGUUCCUUCCAGCACACUCUAGGGGGCACUGUUUUAUAACACAUUUUCACCACUUGGUGCCUGAAGGUUGGAGGGUUUUUCAACAUUUGACAGCUGCAAGGAAAAUGAGAAGAUAUGCCCCUCACUGCUGAAGGAGGCUUGCAGCUGGUGACUUGUUCAUCCCGAAAACCUCUCAGAGCGCAGAGUGGUUGUGAGGCCCGCGUAAGUUUGGGGAGAGCACAAGGAGAACUGGUGUUCUCCGUUCUAAGCAUUCACUUCCCAGUGACUCGUAGCUGCAUUUUGUUUGUAACAAAGAAGGAUUUUCUUAACACUUGAAUAGGAACAAAAUUUCUGGUUUUUAAAGAUCACAAACAGUUGUUUCCAAAUAUAAUUGUAAUCAGAAUGCUGCUUGUAGUAAUAUUAAAAUCACCUGAAUAGCAGUGUAAACAAAGCUUCCUUUCCCUUGCAUCAAAUUGUAUUCUUUGUGAUAGUUUAGAGGGAAUAUGUGUCUAGAACUAUGCGUGAUAAUCAUCUGAGCCGUGGAGAGAAGCUUCAGUGCUUCUAAUCUGAUAAUCUGCAAACACAUGAGUAAACAUGGAUGCCAGUUAAGUGGGGAUGCGUUUGUGUUUCUUGGUUUUCUCCAAAUUUAAGCGAGGUUGGGCUUGUUUACAUCUUCGAUUAAAAAUUCUUGUUCUUUUUGGCAAAUUUUUAUACAUAGAUAACUUCAUAUCAAAAUAUUUUGUGGGGAGGUGAUGAUUUAAAAGUAAACCAGAUUUUUAGAGAGGUGUUAGUUCCAAUGAAGAAGGGAAAGAAAUCAAAACAGCAUCCAGAUUUCUUCUAGAUUAUUUGUUGUUUUGGAAAAAUCUAUAGCUUACGUUCUAACUCUCAAACUGAUUUACUCACGAUGAACAUUUAAAAAUUAUUCUCAAGAUAUUUAAAAAGGUCCCUUUAGUUAUUAGAGUCUUUUGAUGAGAUAGGAAUUUAUUUAUGAGUAGAUUUUUCUUUGUGUCUCACCCAGAUCUGCCUUGCUUAAGGAAUACUAAAUUGUCCUCACAGAGACUACCUACUCACUUCCAAAUAAUCCUUUUUGGUUUUUAAAUUUUUAGUAGCUUAGAAGUGAAUUUUAGUUUUUUGUUUUGUCUUUCAAUAGAAUAAGGGGGAACCUGGAAAUUAUUGUAGCCAAUUGUUUCCUUUCAGGACUCUUUCAAAGUCUAAAAUUUUUCUCCUAAUCACUCCCUCCCCUUCAAGGGAAUCCUCAAAUAUUAGUUGUUAGCUAAUAUAAGUUUCAUAGGCUAAGAUGUUCAGGUUUAUAGUUUAUGUAUGUGUGUACAUAUUAUAUAAAUAUAUAUGUAUAUAUAAAUAUUGUGUUCAGCUUGGAGUCUGGCACAACUCCAUUAUGUGGAUUAGAGAGUAAAAUAUUAUAGAUGAUAAAGUACUAAAUGAAACAUAGUAUUUAUUUAUGAAAGUGUGUAGUUGGUCCAGUCACAAGGAACAGUGCUAUCUAUGAACACUGUGUUGAGGAGACAGGCCCUUGGCUCCUGGACAGCACCAAUCCGAAGUCACUAGUGACCAUUCUUUUUAUUCUUUAAACAUAAAGCUUCUUAGAAAACAUGUCACGAUUUGAUUUACAAGGAAUCCUUUGACACAUUUCAAUUGUGUAGUCAGGUAUAGGAAAUACUGAAUAAUGACAGAAUUUCAUGUUCCUCAGAGUCAUGCAUAUUCAUUAGAAGUUACGGUGGUUUACACUGUUGGUCUGUUCUGGUUCUUCUUUGCUGGUGAGCAGAAAGGCACUGGAAGAAGCCGAAAUUUUUAAAUUUGAAUCGUUCUGCAGUUACAUCUCCUUAGAAAACCCAGUCACAUAGCAGUGGGAAUGAAAGAAGUGGUAUCAGAAGUGAUUUAAUUUAGCAAUUAUGAUUCCUCUUGUAAAACAAAACAAACCACAAUGCCAUAUUUUUUGGAGAGAAGUUGGCACUAUAUAAGGGGUUUUGUUGUCUGUCUGUUUCAAAAGAAGAUUCAUUUGUGUUCUUUUGGGGAACCAGUGCCUUAUUGAAUUUGUAUAUACUGUAAUUAUUCAGGACUAGGGAACAAACAAUUGUAUUUGUUACAAAUUGUAUAUGGCUUUGUUUUAACAUUCCCCGAAAUAAAAUGGUUUCUUUCUCCCCUUGGAAA